UAGGUCUAGAUAAAAAUGGCUCAGCAGCCUGAACAUCAUCCAAACUGCAGUCCAGAUCACAGGAACAGACAAUCUGGGGCUACAGAAGAUGGACAUAACUUUGUCAACAACUAUACCUUAGCUGUUGAUUUUGAUCUGGAAUGCUUGGGCUGUUGUUUUGCAUAUCUCAGGGGAAGAAAUUACCAGGAAGUCUUAGGGGCUUUGUAUGACAGGGUUCACUACUCACAGGAAAACUUAGCUACUCCUGGAGCCCGGAUCAGAGGGGAUACGAUGAACUCAUAUGUAAAAGUACCAAGGCGUGGAAGAAGAGGCCAAAUUGCCACAGGACAUGACUUGAAUUUGGGGGAACUAUCGGUCCGUCCAUUUGCCAAUUCUCGAACUUACCAACUGUACUCUGAAACAGGUGCUCUAAGUGUUGGUUUUGUAGCCAAUGCUCGCAUGGAGAGUGUAGCAAUUGAUGUUGUGAGGCCAGAUGAGCUUGUCAAUAUCUACCUGAGCUAUGCAGAUGCUGCCCUGGUUGAGUUAUACAGGGAACAAAACAAUCAGGAAAGUUUGAGUCGAGCUGAGGCAACAGGUUACUUGCUUCUUCGAAAUCCUGAGCAAGAGGGGCACUGAACUCAAUCAAAUAUUCAUAAUAUACAUGCUUGAAAGAAAGCUAUCAUUUUGAUAUUCUUUGUAUCAAUUAUCAAAAAUAUAUAGAGCAACAAGUAGAAGCAUUUUACAGAUAUACUCAGUAA